CUUGUUGAAGACCCAUAUUACCGAGACCAGAACUUGGCCGCCAAUCAUGUCCACAUGCGCCACCGCGAUGAACAACUCCCUGAACACGUUGCCAACGUCGUCGAUUACGCACGCAGGAACCGCGAGUCCCCUGGACCCUCGCUCGAUGAAAUAUACCACGACAGGGCCCUGGGCGAACUCGAAAUGAGAGGGCUUGACGAACCGAGAGUGGAAGACUACUUUCGAGAUAGGGUAUUUCCCCAACCAAGCUAUGGAAACAGCCUGGAGCGCUCCGACAGACAGCCGAUGUCUAGGCAUGCCGUCCCCAACGCCGGAUCACGAUUCAAGAUCAGCAACCCAAUCCCUGACAUGCUGUACGGAUACAGUCGUCAUCACGCAUUUCCCGACCAGCAGACGCAGCUCAUCUCGAUGGGAAACGAAAUGAAUGGAACAGCCAACAACCAGAGCCUCAUGUACCCGUUCUUCGUCAUCGAAUUCAAAGGUAAUGGUGGAGAUCUCUGGGUAGCAACGAACCAAUGCCUGGGAGGCUCCGCAUCAUGCAUCAACAUCGCCGAACGCCUUAAUCGUCAAUUAAGGGAAAGCAAGAGCAGCAAGGUCAAACCAGUUGACAGCACCGCGUUCAGCAUCGCCAUGAACGGUACUGAAGCACGACUCUACGUCUCGUGGAAGCACAACGACUUGGACUACUACACGCAGAAAGUGAAGAGCUUCUUGCUCCAGGACCCAGAACAUUACAUUGAAUUCCGCAAGCACGUCAAGAAUAUCAUCGACUGGGGAAAGGACCAGCGCUUGAAGGAGAUUAGCGAAUCAUUGGACACUCUU